AUGACUUCCAUAAGGAGUCUUUGUCGGUCUUUAAGGUCGGGCUUAACUCUAAAAUCUUCCCCUGGGGCUAUUGCCCCUCCUCCAAUCCCUUUGUCCAUUCCGAACGAGGACCAUGUGAAGACACAGAUAAAGAUUUUACCUCCGGCUCAUAAUAAAGUCUACUGCUUCCCAACACCUGAUAAAUAUGCCAUGGAACUUCCUACUUUGAAAUCUUUGAUUUUGGAUAAAUCAGACCCUCAGAAUUUGAACGUAAGUUUAUAUUCUAGCUUGUUUUUAUGAUUUUUAGUUGAGAAUUGAGGAACCUACUUCAAACAAAGCUCCAUUAAUUGCCGGACCGAGGAUGUUAACGAUCAGGAGGAAGAAGAUGAAGAAACAUAAGAGAAUCAAGCGAUAUCACCGGGAUUACUUCAAAUAUCAGACUCAUCAUCGCAAAAAGAAGGCUAAGGUAAGUCCGUUCAGUAACAUAGACCGUUGUUUUAUUUUAAAUCUUAUAUUGCUUUAGGCCGAGGCUUUGUUCCGACAAAGAAUGCAUGAAAUAAUGGAUGAACUUCAUUCCUUCGACCCUCUAGAGCAUGUUAAAGACACUAUUGCUCGCGCUCAACGCGAAUGGAAUACUUCUUUGGCUGAAAGCGGACGAAAAAAGUACCCACAUUGGUCUCAAUUAAUGAGUUUGGAAGAAUUGUACGGACUUCCAAAGAUCACCCAUAUAGAAAAACACUUUGGAUAUCCAACCCCUGAAGAUGAACCAAAGAUAGGACAGCUGAGGAAGGAGUACUUCAAGAAAUACACGAGGCUUCAGGUUAAGAAAUCAGAUUAG